AUGGGUUCGCCGAGCGCCGAAACUCCGGCCCACGCACCUCCAGCCAAUGUCCCUCGGUUCAUGAGUGCCGAUCCGUCCUCCGGCCCCGUUCCGGCUGCUCCUGCCCCUCCGCGGCCUGCGGCCAUUGACGAUGUGGUGAUGGAGAUGCCCACAUGGCGUAAGUGGGUCAUCCUCUCCGUUGUCUGCUGGAUGGCCCUGCCCGUCAUCUUCUCCGGAAGCUCCAUCUUGUCGGCGACGAACGAAGUCGCUGCCGACUUUGACAUAUCAACGCAUGCCAUUACCACGGCCAACGCCGGUGUCUUCAUAGCCCAGGCCAUGUCUGCGCUGAUCUGGCUGCCGAUGAGCGACAUCCUUGGCCGAAGGACGACGUAUCUGGUUGCCAACACUCUGUUGAGCCUAUGCUCGAUUGGCUCGGCGUUGUCCAACAACUUUGCCUGUUUCACGGCGAUCUGGAUCGUUGGGGGGACGACGGGUCCGUUCUUCCUUGUCGCAGGGCAGACGAUCCUGGCCGACAUUUUCGAUCCCACAAAUCGCGGAACCGCUGUCGGCUUCUUCUUAGGCAGCUGCGUCGGAGCAAACACGCUAGCUCCACUGACCGGAGGUGUGAUUGUAAGCUUCACUUCGUGGAGGGUGAUCUACGGGGUUCAAGCGGGAAUGGCUUUUGUCGGUCUGAUCAUGGCCUUCUUCUUCGUGCCGAAAGCUAGCGAGCUAGCCAAACACCGGGUUGAAGAAAAGACCCCUGUGCGGUCCGUUGGUGAACUUUGCCGUGCUUUCAACCCGAGGGGGGUUUUCCGCCUGUUCAAAUACCCCAACGUCCUCGCCGCCAACCUUGCGUGUGGACUUCUGGGCUUCAACCAGUACGGCCUACUUAGCUCCAUCAGGCGUGUCAUCAACCCGCGCUUCAACCUCACUUCCCCCCUCAUCAGUGGUCUUUUUUACUUGGCCCCGGGCGCAGGCUUCUUGGUGGGCAGUACCAUCGGUGGCCGAGUAUCCGACUAUACCGUGAAACGGUACAUUCGCAAGCGAAACGGACUCAGGCUUCCACAAGACAGGUUGAACAGCAGCCUCCCGGCCAUCUUCAUCGUUCUUCCAGCCGGCACACUAAUCUUCGGGUGGAGCUUGCAAAAAGAAGUUGGCGGAGUGGCGUUGCCAGUCAUAAGCUCCUUCUUCCAGGGCCUUGGGCUCAUGUGGUCUUUCAGUGGUCUUAAUACGUACUCUGCUGAGGCACUCCCCAAACACAGAACAGCCGUUAUCAGCAGUAAGUAUGUCGUUCAGUACAUUUUUGGCGCUAGUAGUAUUGGUGGCGCCGUACCAAUGAUUGAUGCCAUAGGAGUAGGAUGGUCAUUCACGAUAACUGCUCUAUCGGCCUUGUCGGCCGGGGUGUUGGUGUUGAUGAUCUCCAAAUUUGCAUCCAGAGCUCAGAAUUGGGUUGAGAAGAGUAACAGCGAAGAUUCUGAUGACUGA